UUCACACAUGCUACAGAGGUGGAUUCUCUUUCCUAGAGGUUGCCUGACCCUGCGGGGGGAUUUCUCUCUACUGCUACCUGCGCAAAUUAUUCCUUUGGCUCGCCUCGGGUGAUUUGUCGGGACUUGAUGUGAGAUAAUUACGCGUAGGUUACCGGAUCGCUGAGGUGGAUGAGUUACGUCGACUACUUCUCGGGGACUUUCCCUUAAAAACAUUUAAACGUGAGAUCACUGAAGAGCUGUACUUUCCGUGCAUUUCUCCGAGCCGAUGUCCCAGCUGAUUCGCGGCGGCUCAGUCCGUGGGAUCGAGGUUGGACGGUGAGGCUGAUGCGCGCCGUCGGACCUUUUGGACACGCAGAUUUUGACGGAUCAUUUAUCAGAGCUGCUUUUGGAUCCUACUCGAUUGUCUAAUAUUGAUCUUCAAUAAAUUGGCCGGUCGACAGGAAAGAGAGCAGCAGUGUGGGGAGGAUGUGGCUUGCGCCAAUCGACCGUUGGUCUGAACCGACUCGACCUGCUUUACCUGGACGCUUGCGGAUGAUUUUGCGCCUUUGAAAUCUCGCCUGGACAUCCGCACCAGCCAACCAGGACUCUGAUGUUAAAAUACAAAGGCUGAACACUGAAUCCUUUACUCAAGACGGCAAGUGAAGAUGGUUCCUACGUGUUUAACGUAUAUUUCAUUAGAUUGGCAUCCAGUCUGAUAAACAUAAUCAGCGAUGUAGUCAGCUUGUUCAUCUGCGUGCUGAUCAUUUGCAGUAAAUACUCACAUCUGCUCAAAAGGGAGACUAUGAAGAUGAUACUCUUGCGUAAAUUCCGGGUUUUGAUCCUUAUGGUGUUUCUCGUUGCCUGCUCGAUGCACAUUAUGAUAGACUUGUUACCAAAGCUGGAGAGGCGCAGCAACAGCGGCUGCUCCUGCUCCCACACGCCGAGCGAGGAGCCUCAGAACUGGGGGAAGCAGGGCUGGCCUAACAAGCACACCCUGCGGAUCCUCCAGGACUUCAGCAACGAGCCCAACUCGAACGUGUCCUCCCACUCUCUGGAAAAGAUUCCGGUUACAGGCGACAAAACGGAGGGGUUCAGGCGGCUGGAGCAUUACGCGCAACGCGCAGACAGGAAGCGCCAGUUCAUCCAGGACAGCACAGUAACCAAGAACAUGCCGGCCAGGGGUUCAAGGUUGUCGGCUCUCUACGACCAUCCCUUAUAUAAAAGAUCCCAGCCGCCUCUGACGGACGAGGACACGCUGUUCAACGUCAACACGGACAUCAGAUUUGACCCCAAAGCCGCAGAGGAUCAGGAAUGGCACGGUGAAGGCAACAUGGACGAGUUCAGCCCAACAGGGGAGCUGACGGCCGACUCCUACCCCAACUGGCUCCGCUUCCACAUUGGGAUUAAUAGAUUCGAGCUGUACUCCAGGCACAAUCCAGUGAUUGAUGCUCUUCUGAAGGACCUGGUCUCCCAGAGGAUCACCAGCGUGGCAAUGAAGUCCGGAGGCACCCAGCUAAAGCUGAUUAUGACUUUCCAGAACUACGGGCAGGCUCUCUUCAAACCCAUGAAGCAGACCCGGGAGCAGGAGACCCCGCCAGACUUCUUCUAUUUCUCCGACUUUGAAAGACACAACGCCGAGAUCGCUGCCUUCCACCUGGACAGGAUCCUGGACUUCCGCCGCGUCCCUCCCGUGGCCGGCCGGCUGGUCAACAUGACGAAGGAGAUCCGAGACGUCACCCGAGACAAGAAGCUCUGGAGGACCUUCUUCAUAUCACCAGCCAACAAUGUGUGUUUCUACGGGGAGUGUUCGUACUACUGCUCCACUGAGCAUGCGCUGUGCGGGAAGCCAGACCAGAUAGAAGGAUCGCUGGCCGCCUUCCUGCCCGACCUGGCCCUCGCCAAACGCAAGACCUGGAGGAACCCCUGGAGACGCUCCUACCACAAACGCAAGAAGGCAGAAUGGGAGGUGGACCCAGAUUACUGCGAGGAGGUCAAGCAGACUCCACCGUAUGACAGUGGAACUCGACUGCUGGACAUCAUGGACAUGACCAUCUUUGACUUCCUCAUGGGGAACAUGGAUCGCCACCAUUACGAGACAUUUGAGAAGUUUGGGAACGAGACCUUCAUCAUUCAUCUGGACAAUGGCAGAGGAUUUGGGAAGCACUCCCAUGAUGAGGUCUCCAUUCUGGUGCCGUUAACCCAGUGCUGCAGGGUAAGGAAGUCGACCCACUUGCGUCUGCAGCUGCUGGCUAAGGAGGAGUACCAGCUGUCCACCCUUAUGGCUGAGUCCCUGGUGAGAGACCGCCUCAGCCCCAUCCUCAUCCAGCCACACCUGGACGCCAUGGACCGACGGCUACGCCAGGUGCUGAAUGUGCUGGCUGACUGCAUCGAAAAGGAGGGCUACAGUUACGUGGUGGAGGACGACCUGCAGGGGGAGCGAGGGACGGAGCACACCCACACCGGCCCACGACGGAGGUAGCUGGCUGGGCGAGGGGGCCCAUAACUGGAUAGGACAGAAUCCCUGGAGAUAGAAGACUGGACACGCUGGAUCCAGUCAUCGUCUUAAACUGUACGAACAGAUGAGCUUCAUCUGUACUUAAAUUUACAGAGGACCAUGUGUUGACUUGCUGAACUCAUAGACGAGCUGUCUGGAACUGGAGGCCUGCUGGAUAGGACUGGACUCGCCCCGUGAUGAGCAGGGCAAUGACUCAAUGGGUGCUGAUGUUAAAGACACAGUCGAUGUUGAAGCGGACAGUGGGACGGAGCCGGAACUAGAAACUGGAAACCCCACAUCACCUAGACUCCUUAAAAUAUCCAACCCCGACCCUCGUGUAGGCUAUUUAUCACCACAGCUCACCCAAACAACCACCGACCCACCGCAGCACUACCAAACCAUGAAAGUCUUGCAAGAGACGCCUUCUCUUCGUCUUGUUUAGGACUCUUUUUUGAAUUCAGUGAAUUCUGAGGGACUUGUAAAGAAUCCCCCCACCCCACCCCUCUGCACAGCUGAAUUAUGUGUUUCUAUGUAUUGUUGGUAUUUGCGAGUGCUUUAGUUUGAACAUUCAUCGUGGAGGAAGAGGAGAUUGACUUCCUGUUGUCUUAAUGAGCGAAAAGAUGUUUUAUUGAUUUCCUGCGAAAUGUUUUACUGCAUAAUGUCUUUUUUUUAUUAUUAUUAUUUCUGCUGAGCCUAUUUCAGCUGUUGUCUUUUAUUAUUGGUAUUCGAGAUGGAAAUAUUUGAUUGGAGUACAGGUUUACUCCUGGAUUUGUCAGUUAAUUUUUGCCCAUCAAAUGUCACUUGUCCUUGAGAGAGUAUUUAUUGAAAUUCAUAUUUAUUGUUUGAAAUUAAUAAUGCAUAAUCACCAACACUUUGUCUCCGUCAUUGAAUUAAUGCUCUGUUACAGGUGUGUACUUCCUCAUCUGUCCAAAAGAGGGCAAAACAAGCAUGUGCAAAAGUAGCUACCAGGUCUGUGCCUCUCAGUAAAGUUAACCUCCAUAUUUCACCCCCCUGGUAAUUAAACCUGCUUUAAUAUUUGUUUACAGCUACCAAAUUAUUGUCAUGCAACAGCAGUCCAACCAUUUAAAUACACAUAAGUAUCCAUCAGAUUCAAAGGAACAAGAAAAUUGAUCUACACCUGUGUUUACAACAUUUAAUCUAUUUCAAACUGCUGUUCCUGUUUUUAAUUUCUUUUCCAUGUGACAGAUUUGAGGUUAGAUUUAUGGUACCAAAAGCCAAAUGUGACACUAACAGUUUUAUAUUAUUGUUUCUUUGUAAUAUAUUUGAUGUCCAGAUGUUGCUGUUGUGGAGAGAUUAUUUUUGGGAUGUAGAUUUCUUUCAUUUCCCAACAGCUGAUAGCUAAACUGUUGGGAGUCGACGAUUCAGUCAUUGGCUGAAAGUUAAUAUAUACAGUAGGAAAAUCUAGUGCCUGUGCAAUGAUAGAAAUACUUGAAUGUCUGGUUUCAUGACCGAAAGGUUUAAGGUUAAACUACUCCCGGGUACGAGCUAUAGAUAAGAUACCGAGGUCUAUAUGUAUGUGUAUGCUGACUCCAUCUAUUCCAUAAGGGAUUUUAUAUAAGUUUCCAUAGUCCUGUGUCAGUGCAGUGUGUAUGGAGGUAUGGGUGGAUCCAUGGAGAACCUUAGAUCACGUGUCUCUGCAGUGAAAAUGCUUCUUUUUUAAUUCAACUCAUUGUUUCUGUGGAUUUUUUGCAUUUCUUUGCAUCAUGGUAAAAGUGCAAUAAAACAAAAUGAGCAGAA